GGUUCUGGGAUUCUGCUCUUGGAAGAUGACUAUGUCUAUGAAGGGAACUUCACAGAAGAUCUAACAUUUGUUGGAAAGGGAAAGCUGUCAUUUGCCAAUGGCUUCAUUUUGGAGGGAACAUUUACUAACAAAUCAGGCCAAGGCCUUCAGACGCACGGCAUCCUGAACACGUCAAAUGAGCAGCUGGAUGACCGGAUAACCAAAGCUCAGUUGGGCCUCGAGGAGUUCCCUGUGGAGAAGAGGUGGAAGGGCAUCUAUGACCAGUUCCUGGAGUACAUCCAUUCUGGCUGCAAAGAAGAAACAGAGGAGUCUUUCAUGGGGUUCCACAUACAAACAAGCAAGGAGCUGCGAAAAUCUCAGGAGUACCUCUUUUGCCAAAGGGGGACUGAGGAUGUAUCCUGGAAGAUAGAAGAUAUUCUUGAAGAGCUUGUCCAGCACCAGGGGCUUGAGUCACUACCGAGUUAUUUAGAAAAGGCAUUGAAGUCUUCUCUGCACCCACUGGGAAAGCUACUGAAGGCCUUGACAAUAGCUUUUCAGGCAACAUAUUCUGGGAUUGGGGCCAACAAACACUUGCUGACUAUGGCACAAGAGGAAGUCAAGUACUAUGCAAAGAAAAUAUGGGAGUUUUACCAGGGUUUGCUCCGCCUGGCACUGGAACAGAAAGGCCAACUAUCUGCAAAGCACGUGGAAGGGGAUAUAAGUGAUCAGAAGGCAUGCAGCAUGGUCCUGCCGCUGAUCUUGCCCUGCUUCUACCCUGAGCUUUUCAUGCUCUACAUGCUCUAUCAUGAAAGAGAAGAUGACCUCUACUGCCAAGGCAUUAUGGACCUAAGUCUGUUUCCUGACAUUAAGCUGCUAGAGUUUCUGGAUGUGCAGAAACACCUGUGGCCUCUGAAAGAUCUCACCCUGACAACCAACCAGAGGCGGUCCCUUAUAAAAGACAAGUGUUUCCUGUCUGCCACAGAAUGUUUGCAGAAGCUCAUCACCACAGUGGAUCCCCGGGAAAAGCUGGUAAUCCUCCAGAAGACAUAUGAGGAGAUCGAGAGCACAGUGUCCCGGGUGGUGGAGAAGGACUACAAGCUCCCCAUGGAUGACCUCUUGCCUCUACUGAUGUAUGUUGUAUCCCGAGCAAAAAUACAGCAUCUGGGAGCUGAAAUCCAUCUGAUUAGAGACUUGAUGGACCCCACCAAUCAAGGAGGACUAUAUGACUUCCUGUUAACCGCCCUGGAGUCUUGCUAUGAACACAUACAGAGGAUGAGGCUCCACCAAAGAGAGAACUGCCAUGUGACUCACAGCUCCUGAGUUUGGGGACCUGAAGAGAGCCUCCCUGCUGCACUUUCUUGACCAAACACAGUUGGAUGAAGAAGCAAUCAUGUCCCUACUGUUCUGUCUGCCUUUAAAAAGGAAAGAAUGGUUAUUUAUCAGAUGAGGGUUUUUUGCUGGGUUUUCUCUUGGACUAGCUGUGGUCAUAAAGCACAGACAUACAGAUGCUGUAGACUAAAAGCCUUCAAUAUGCAACUUCAGCUUGUGUU